UUUGGUUUCGAUCUGUCCCAUUUUAUUUUAUUUUUAUUGUAAGAGUAAAUAAAUCGGUAUAUUUACUAUUAAUAUCAUAAUGUUAAAAAUCUCUUACCGAAAAGGAUAACAGUGAAUGCAAAUAUUGUGAGAUUCUAACAAUUGUUGACGUUGAACAAACAGUGUUGAAAUGUCCGCAAAUGAUUUGGAAGACAACGAUGAUUUAGAUCAUGUUACCUUGGUCCGUAUGGAAGACGUCCAACCUGAAAAAACCGAGCUGUAUUUGGACGACGAGAUGAUAGAAAACUUGGAGUAUGACAACGAAUGCGUGAUUGACGAUCGUAAUGAGGACUGUGCUAUUGGGAGUAUGGUUCCUAUAAAGUGGGAAGAAGUGGAAGACUCUCAGGAUACGGACACAGAUUGCGCCAGCGAGCAGGGGAAUUUAGAGAGUGCGGACGACAGCAAUGAUACUGCGGAGUACAUUAUUCCGGAUAUCACGAAAUCCAAUGUUGAAACUAAGGAGAAAAUAGCAGAAAUAUCAAACCAAUCACCGAGCAGUUGGCCGACCUUAGAAAUUCUGCCAGGUGGUGUCAUCAAAGACGCCGACAAAUACGAAGACAUGUAUUCCGACAAGAACCGAUUAAAGAAUAACGAGAUGGUGUAUGCAUGUGCAAAAUGUUCCCAGAAGUACAAACAUUUGUAUUGCCUAGUACGACAUGUAAAAUGGCAUGAGGAUGAAGAGAAAAAACUGAAAAAUUCGGUUGCAGCUACUGUGACACCGACAAGAAGUUUAUUGAAACCCAUAAAAAAUGCUGUUCAGCCCAAGAAAGACGAUAUUGUGCAAAAAGUAAUAUACAAGUUAAAGUGUGCGAAGAACACAAAAAUACAAAAAUUUCCAAAGCGCACCAAACAUAAAACUAAUAAUUGUUCAUAGUAUAUUAUGUUUACCUGUUAGAUGUUUGUAGAUUAUGUACAAUGGGGAAUAUGCACAUAUUUUUGUUUUAUAAAAAAAUCAUACUGCUGUGGGAAAUCAUAGCAAUAGUUUUUGGAUAUCACUGAAAGAAAACAUUUACUUGCUUUUAAAUUCUUAAAAUCAAGUAUGUUGUAAAUGCAUUGUAUUAGAAAAUGUAUAAUUUUGUUUUUUAGGGUUCCGUACCCAAAGGGUAAAAA